AUGUUUGAUUAUCUUAUGAGAUUAUUAGAUUCAAGAGCUUCAAGAAUGGGAUCUUAUCAUGCAUUAAAAUCUUUACAUGCUGAUUAUAUUGGAGGAGUUAAUUCUAAUUUUAAGAAAUGGUAUUUUGCAGCUCAAUUAGAUAUUGAUGAUGCUAAAGAUGAUAAUAAUAAUAAUAAUAAUAAAUCAAAUACAAAUCUUCAACAAGCAGAAACUCAAUGGUGUAUUAAUAUGAAUUCUUUAUCACCAGCAGAUUGUAUUAUACAAAUUGGAUUAUAUUUAUUAUGUUGGGGUGAAUCAAAUAAUAUUCGAUUUAUGCCUGAAUGUAUUUGUUUUAUAUUUAAAUGUUGUAAUGAUUAUUAUUAUUCAUUAAAUACUGAUGUACCAGUUGAAAAUAUAACUCCUAGCUUUUUAAAUCAUGUAAUUAAUCCAUUAUAUAAUUAUUAUCGUGAUCAAUGUUAUCAAAAGAUUGAUGAUAAAUAUUAUCAUAAAGAUAAAGAUCAUCAAUCAAUUAUUGGUUAUGAUGAUAUGAAUCAAUUAUUUUGGUAUAAACAAGGUCUUGAUAAAAUUAUUUUAAAUGAUGGUAAAACUAAAAUUAUGAAUAUAAUUCCCAGUGAAAGAUAUUUAAAUCUUAAUAAAAUUAAUUGGAAUAAAGUAUUUUAUAAAACUUAUAUUGAAACAAGAAGUUGGUCUCAUGUAUUUACAAAUUUUAAUAGAAUUUGGAUUAUUCAUAUUUCAAUGUUUUGGUAUUAUACUUCAUAUAAUUCUCCUACUUUAUAUACCAAGAAUUAUCAACAACAUUUAGAUAAUCAUCCAACAGUUCAAAUAACUUUAUCAAUAAUGUCAUUAGCAGGAGUUAUUGCUUUACUGAUUUGUAUUAUAAGUACAAUUAUUGAAUUUAUGAUUGUUCCCAGAAAAUGGUCAGGAGCUCAACAUUUAUUUAAAAGGUUAUUAUUAUUAUUAAUUGGUUGGAGUAUAAGUUUAUUACCUACAAUUUAUUUAUUUAUAACUUAUCCAUUAAAUGUUCAAACAAAAUUAGGUUUAACUAUUUCAAUAAUUCAAUUUAUUUUAUCAAUUAUUAUAGUAAUUUAUUGUUCAUUUAUACCAUUAGGAAAAUUAUUUGAUAAUUAUCCAAAUAAUAAGGGAAGAAGAUAUUUACCAACUAAAUUAUUUACUCGAUCAUUUUAUUCAUUAAAAGGUUCUGAUAAAGUUGCAUCUUAUGGAUUAUGGUUUUCAAUAUUUAUAUCUAAAUUUAUUGAAUCUUAUUUCUUUUUAACUCUUUCAUUAAGAGAUCCAGUAAGAGAAUUAAGUGCUAUGAAAAUGACUAGAUGUGCUGGAGAAAUUUGGAUUGGAAAUUGGUUAUGUUCUCAUCAAACAAUCAUUGUAUUAGGAUUAAUUUAUUUAACUGAUAUUGUAUUAUUCUUUCUUGAUACUUAUCUUUGGUAUAUUGUUUGGAAUACAAUCUUUUCUGUAUGUCGAUCAUUUUAUAUUGGAACAUCAAUUUGGACUCCCUGGAGAAAUAUCUUUUCAAGAUUACCAAAAAGAAUCUUUUCAAAAAUAAUUGCUCCACCAAAUGAUAAAAGUAUUAAAGGUAAAAAAUUAGUUAGUCAAGUUUGGAAUGCUAUAAUAAUUUCAAUGUAUCGUGAACAUUUAUUAUCAUUAGAACAUGUUCAAAGAUUAAUUUAUAAACAAGUUGCAAAUCCAAAUAUUGAAGGAGGUACAAUACUUAAAGAACCAACAUUUUUUGUAUCUCAAGAAGAUCAAACUAUGAAAUCAGCAUUAUUUUAUGAUCAAUCUGAAGCUCAAAGAAGAAUUACAUUUUUUGCUCAAUCAUUAUCAACUCCAAUGCCUGAAGUUAAUUCAAUAGAUUCUAUGCCAUCAUUUUCUGUAUUAAUUCCUCAUUAUAGUGAAAAGAUUACUUUAUCAUUACGAGAAAUUAUUAAAGAAGAAGAACAAUAUUCUCAUGUUACAAUGUUAGAAUAUUUAAAACUGUUACAUCCAUUAGAAUGGUCAUGUUUUGUAACAGAUACAAAAAUGUUAGCAGAAGAAUUUGAUUCAGAAUCUUCAAGUCCUCCACUUCAUAAAGAUAUAUCUGAUGAUUUAACUUAUUAUUCAGUUGGAUAUAAAAUUGCCACUCCAGAAUAUAUUUUAAGAACUAGAAUUUGGGCUUCAUUAAGAUCUCAAACUCUUUAUAGAACUAUUUCUGGAUUUAUGAAUUAUUCUCGAGCAAUAAAAUUAAUGUUUGAUAUUGAAACUCCUGAUUUUACCUUUAAUGAUGAAACAAAUAAAUUAGAAGCUGCUGCUAUUAUGGCAUUAAGAAAAUUUAGAAUUGUUGUAUCAAUGCAAAGACUUAAAUAUUUUUCUCUGGAAGAAAAGGAAAAUGUUGAAUUAUUACUUCGAGCAUAUCCUGAAUUACAAAUUUGUUAUUUAGAUGAAGAAAUUAAUGAAAAUUCAGAUAAAAAAAUUUAUUAUUCAGUAUUAAUUGAUGGAACUUGUGCUAUUUUAGAAGAUGGAUCAAGAAAACCAAAAUAUAAAAUUGAAUUAUCUGGUAAUCCAAUUUUAGGAGAUGGGAAAUCAGAUAAUCAAAAUCAUGCUGUAAUUUUUACAAGAGGUGAAUAUAUUCAAUUAGUUGAUGCAAAUCAAGAUAAUUAUUUAGAAGAAUGUUUAAAAAUUCGAAGUGUACUUGCAGAAUUUGAAGAAAUGCAUAUUUCUUCUGAUCCAUAUUCAAUUGAUUUAAAAUCAACUGAACAAGCUCAUCCAGUAGCAAUUAUUGGAACUCGAGAAUAUAUAUUUUCAGAAAAUAUUGGAAUUCUUGGAGAUGUAGCAGCUGGUAAAGAGCAAACUUUUGGUACAUUAUUUGCUCGAACUUUAGCUCAUAUUGGAGGGAAAUUACAUUAUGGUCAUCCUGAUUUUUUAAAUGCUAUAUUUAUGUUAACAAGAGGUGGAGUUUCUAAAGCUCAAAAGGGAUUACAUUUAAAUGAAGAUAUUUAUGCUGGAAUGAAUGCUGUAUUAAGAGGUGGAAGAAUUAAACAUUGUGAAUAUGUUCAAUGUGGUAAAGGACGAGAUUUAGGAUUUGGAUCAAUAUUAAAUUUCACCACUAAAAUUGGAGCAGGAAUGGGUGAACAAAUGUUAUCUCGAGAAUAUUUUUAUUUAGGUACUCAAUUACCAUUAGAUCGAUUUUUAUCAUUUUAUUAUGCUCAUCCAGGAUUUCAUUUAAAUAAUGUAUUUAUUAUAUUAUCAAUUCAAUUAUUUUUAUUUGUGGGAAUUAAUUUAGCUGCAUUAACUAAUGAAACUACUAUAUGUGAAUUUGAUAGAUUUAGACCAAUAACUGAUCCUAGAAGACCAGUUGGAUGUUAUAAUUUAAUUCCUGUAGUUCAAUGGUUAGAAAGAAGUAUAUUUUCAAUUUUUAUUGUAUUUUUAAUAUCUUUUGUACCAUUAGGAGUUCAAGAAUUAACUGAACGAGGGAUUUAUAAAGCAUUUACUCGAUUAAGUAAACAUUUUGCAUCAUUUUCUCCAUUAUUUGAAGUAUUUGUUUGUCGAAUUUAUGCUAAAUCUUUAGUAAGUGAUAUUGCAAUUGGUGGAGCUCGAUAUAUUGGUACUGGUAGAGGAUUUGCCACUAUAAGAGUUUCAUUUUCUACAUUAUAUUCACGAUUUGCUUCUGAAAGUUUAUAUUUUGGAGCUAUAUGUUGUUUACUUAUUUUAUAUUGUUCAAUUUCAAUGUGGAAAUUAUCUUUAUUAUAUUUUUGGGUUACAGUAAUUGCAUUAUUAAUAUGUCCAUUUCUUUAUAAUCCUAAUCAAUAUCUGUGGACAGAAUUUUUUAUUGAUUAUAAAGAUUAUUUACUGUGGUUAAGUCGAGGUAAUCGAAAAUUUAAUGUAUCAUCAUGGAUAAGUUUUACAAGACUUGGUAGAAGUAGAAUUGUGGGAGUUAAAACAAAAAAAUUUCAUAUAACUGAAGAUUUUAAAGUUUUAAAUGAUAUUCGACCUUCAAGAUUUAAUCUUAUAAUUUCUCAAUCAAUUUUACAAGCUGGUGCAAUAAGUUUAAUAGCAUUUGCUUAUUUAUUUGCUAAUGCUCAAAAUGAUACUAAAGGUACUUUACCAGUAAAUAGUAUAAAACGUAUAUUAUUUAUUACUAUAAGUCCUUUAUUAAUUGAUAGUAUUAUAUUAAUAAUUUUCUUUAUAAUUUCCUUAGUGAUUGGUCCAUUAAUUUCAUUAAUAUUUAAAUCAUUUCCAAGUUGGAUAGCUAUAAUAGUUCAUUCAUUAGUAUUUAUUAAUCAUAUAUUCUUUUUUGAAUUACUUUGGUUAUUUCAAAAUUGGGAUUUUUCUAGAACUAUUUUAGGAUUUACAUUAUCAAUAAUGAUUCAAAAAUGGUUAUUAUUUAUUAUAACUGCCACAUUAAUUUCUAAAGAAUUUCGUCAUGAUAAAUCAAAUAAAUCAUGGUGGUCAGGGAAAUGGGUAACUGCAGGACUUGGUUGGUAUAUUUUUACUCAACCAUUACGAGAAUUUAUAUGUAAAAUAAGUGAAAUGAGUUAUUUUGUUGGAGAUGUUGUUGUAGGACAUUUAAUAUUAUUUAGUCAAAUUCCUAUAUUAUUAAUUCCUUAUUCAGAUAAAUGGCAUUCACUUAUGUUAUUUUGGUUAAAACCUGGUAAACAAAUUCGUCCUCGAGUUUUAUCUCGUAGACUUAAACGGAAAAGAAGAUUUAUUGCCAAUUCUUAUAUAUUAAUAUUUAUAUUAUCAAUUUUAAUUGGUUCAAGUAUAUUUUUAUUACCAUAUAUUAUUACUAAAAUAUUUGAUAUUGAUUUAGAACAAUAUUUACCAGCAGAAUUAGCUGAUUUAGUUCAACCUUAUCGAAUUAUUAAUACUCGAAAGGGAUUACAUCGAGGAUUAAUUAAGACUUAUUAA